AACCACAAUAUGGCCAAACGAGAACGCAAAUGGAAACAAGUGGAACAAUGAUGAUAGCAUGAUGCUAACGUCACCACAUUAACCGUUGUUUUGUGUCGCGCGGCCAUUACAAAUGAUGUUAUACAUAUGUGUGUGUGUGUGUGUUAUAAGAACAUAUUAAUGUAAGGGAAUUCCUCACCAAACUAGUUAACACAUAUGAUAGUUGUUAGCGACCCAGCUGAGCUAAGCUAGGUGAUUGCUAACAUAUUAACGUCUGAGACCGAGAUGGAAGAAAACCAGUUGGAUCCUUUAGAAGUGGAGCGAGCUAAAUCCUUCUGGGCCGAGGAGGACGUGGACCAGGUGUUCAGUGGCGUGUUUGAGUACCUGGGUAACCUGAAGAGGGUCCUUAAGAAGAACACGGCCUCUGAUAAAGAGUAUGUUCAGGGCCUGAAGCUGCUGGAUAGUCUCAAAGGACCUCCGGCCUCCUCUCAGGAACCCUCCGUGGUCCAGGUGGUCAUCGGCUCAGAUGAGCCACGACUGGCCAAGUUCUCCCACUCGUCCUCCACCACCCCCCCCAACGGGACAUCCGGCUCAGCAGCCCCCCCUUCAGGGCGAGAGGAGCUGCUUCCACCUCUGACCCCCGUCCAGCUGCAGUACGAGCCCCACCCCUGCUGCAAGGCCUGCCUGCCCUGUUUACCCAUAAUGCCUCAGUGCACCCCUGCAUUCUGGGGUCAGAACCCCCUCAAGGUGCCGCUGCUCUGCGGCUUCAAGAGGCUGAGCGCCGUGCCCCUGAUGAUGUCACUUAGAGGGGCGGAGCCACCCCUCUCCGCCGAGGAGGAGGAUUGGGACGUCCUCUAUAAAGCGCCAUGUGGGCAGAGCCUCCGUAACCACGACGACGUGAUGCGUUUCCUUUUGGCCACGGAGAGCUACGACGUCCUGCAGGUGGACUUCUUCACCUUUAACCCCUCGGUUCAGCUGGACCCGCCUCCUCCGGCGGGCCCCCCGUGCCCGGUGAUGGACUUGAGCCGGGGGUUAGAGCCCACGCCGGUGCAGUUAUGCGUCGGGGACGGCGGCGCUCGGCCUGCCGAGUUCCGCUACAGGAAGGACCGCUGGCCGCACGGCUGCUUCCUGUCCCGCGGCCCGGCGCUGUUCCAGGUUUGCUGCGACUGCAGCGACGGAUGCAGCGACGCGCAGCGCUGCGCCUGUGCCGCUGCCACCGCGGGGGGGCGCCGCUACCGCUACCACCGCCUGCCGGAGUCCGUCCCAUCAGGCGUGUACGAGUGCGGGCCCUGGUGUGGCUGCGUCCGGGCCCGCUGUCAGAACCGCCUGGUCCAGAGAGGGAUCCGGGUCCGCCUCCAGGUCUUCCGGACCGACCGCAGAGGCUGGGGCGUGUGUUGCCGCGACGACCUGGACCGCGGCACAUUCGUGUGCAUCUAUGCAGGUGUCACGCUGCAGAAGGGAAAGAGCAGCGCUGAGCCGUCGCCCCCCAAGCUGACCAGGACGGACGUCCCGUCGGACGACGAGGUGGAAGUGGUCACUGAGUGGCCCCCCCCCCCCGCGCUGGAGAGCCGGAGCACCUUGCUGGAGCCCCCCCAACCUACAUCGCCCCCCCUGCACGUCCCCGUGAUCCAGAGCCCCGCCGAAGCCCCGCCGCCUGACCGGGACCAGUUGCGUCCCCAGACGGUGCUGGUCGGGGUCCCGGAGCCUCCGUCAGGUGACCCCCCUCCGCCCCUGGGCAAGGACUUUGCCAUGACGACAGAGACGACAGUCAGCGGCGUGAACAGGACGGAGACGCAGAGGAGCCUGAAGAGGCCGAUGGAGGCGGAGGACGUCUACUUCCUGGACGCCAGCAAGGAGGGAAACGUGAGCCGCUUCAUCAACCACAGCUGCAGGCCGAACCUGUUCGUCCAGAACGUCUUCACCGACUGUCACGACUCCGGCUUCCCCGUGGUCGCCUUCUUCACCAGCACGGUCGUGAAGGCCGGCUCUGAGCUUACAUGGAAGUACUCCACCGACAAUAAAAGCCAACUGGAAGUGCCCUGUCUCUGCGUUAGCAACGGUUGCCAGGGACAUUUUUCUAUUGGCGAGGAGCUGUGUGACGUGUGUGAGGUCAAAGGUCAAGGUGAAACACAGUAACCCACCGAAUGGACAAUACACAUUUCAUUCUGUAUGUUUUUUUCUGAAUGCAAUUCAGCAAAUCCUUCCAGAUGUUUUAUUUUAAAACACCAUCACACGGUUUCAUUUCAGAGGUCACAUUUGGUAUGAAGGACACCUUUAUUUUGAAAACUUGUCUAAAAAAAUCUGCCUGUAAAUUGUUUUUUAACUCAUUGCAGCUACUAACCCUCUUAUUUGGAAACAUUUGCCACUAUCUGAUUCUAGUCAUUGUUGUUAUUUAGUGUUUUUGUACAACGUUCACUCUAAAUAAUUAAACAAUAAAUGAAAAACCUAAAACUGAAACAUAAUAAUAAACAUAUGCGUGCUUAUAAUAUA